CGCACAACUCACUCCAUCACUUCCAAGUUCAAUCAAGGUUUAGCAACUAAGUACGUACUCUAGCUCGUGAUCGAUCAUCCAGCUUGGUCGCCUUCGCCGCCACCCCUUGUCACAUCGAUCGAUCGAAUGGAGCAGGAGCAGGUGCUGGUGGUGCCCCAGGCGUCCGGCAAUUGCUGCUGCACCUGCAGCAACAGCGGCAACACGAGCUCCAGCUCUCUGUCUCUGAACGCGUCGUCGCCGAGCUCCUCCGACGGCAGCGUCGGGAAGAAGCGGCCGCGGAGGGACCUGAAGCACCCGACGUACCGCGGCGUGCGCAUGCGCACCUGGGGCAAGUGGGUGUCGGAGAUCAGGGAGCCCCGGAAGAAGUCCCGCAUCUGGCUCGGCACCUUCGACACCCCGGAGAUGGCCGCCCGCGCGCACGACGUCGCCGCCAUCGCCAUCAAGGGCCGCGCCGCGCACCUCAACUUCCCGGACCUCGCGCACGAGCUGCCGCGCGCGGCCUCCGCCGCGCCCAAGGACGUGCAGGCCGCCGCCGCGCUCGCCGCGGCCACGCCGUCGCCGCCCGUCGACGCGCUCUCGCCCGACAGCAUUGCUGCGGAGGAGCAGGAGCAGGAAGAGGUUUCGGAACCGGCAGCGCCCGAGCAGGCAUCCUCGCCGGAUUGUUGGUUGAUCGAGAAUGCAGACGUACCGGACAAUGGUGGCAUUGGGCUAGACUACGCGUUUCUCGACGUGCCGGAUUUCCUUCUCGAGUUCGGGCUCGCGUCGCCGGAGCCGCCGUCCUACUGCGGCUCGCCGUGGGACGACGUCUCCGACGAUCUCUUCUUCGGGGAACCCUUGCUGCUCUGGGAGCACUGA